AUGCCACCAUCAUCACUACUACGUCUCCCUCGCAGUCUCCCUUCGGUCGCUCGACCUUUCUACCCUGCGAGGACGCCGUUUCGAACCCUCACUUCGGCACCCCGACGCUUUGCUCAACAGCAAGACCCCGAAGAAAACCCCAACAAUCAGCGAGCGGCACAACUCGACCGAGAGAAGAUUGACAGAGACCCGAACGAGUACUCCAAGUCUGGCACUGACGAAUCAUCCGCUGGCAAUGAGGAAGCGGCCUUCGACCCCAACAUCACCGAUCCUCAAGAGGCGAAAGAAAAGGCUGGUGAAGGCAACCAGGUGAAUCCACUGGACGCAAGUCCUGCAAACCCGGAAAUCAGCCAGGGCACCUCAGAGGAAGAGGGUGGUGCGAAGCCGAAGCGGUCGGAGCGUAACGUCUGA